UGGCACCCUGGCUUUGUCAACAUACCUAAUGAAAAAGAGACGUCACUUUUACCAGGAGUUGUGCUUCCUCUCGCACACAUUUGAAUCAGAAGGUGGGGAAUGAGUCCGCUUACUGUGCUCUCCAAUAUGCAGACCGCUCAGAAAUAUAUAAAUCAGAACACUUACAUAUAAGUCAAAGACCCCUUUCUUCAAUCAAAUCCUCCUUUAAGAGAACUCCCACCAUCCUAUGAACAGGUGUUUAAGGAGAAGACCCGGGAGCAGGUUUCCACACCUUUACCAUCUCCACGACACAUUCAACAAACUUUGCCACACACACUGACUCACUAGAGGAGAAUGUGACACAUCCAGAUUCCAACCAACAUCCCGGCGGAGUUCCAGCGAAGUUGCCAAAAAAAAACAUCUCGGCCAUCAUUGCCUUGCAUACCCUCUAAUACCACUGCAAAGACAGCUGGGAAGUUUGUCCUGAAGCACCUGUGGAGACUUCUGAUGCCCAUUCAGGCAAGUAUCUACAGGAACUCUUAGAUGUCUUCAGCUCGGAACCUCAAAGUGAACUGAGUAACAGUGUCAACAUCCAGGGAGAGCAGACGAACCAAACUAAAGAGAACCAAAGUGAGAACAUGACCUCCCUUCACAACGACCGCAACAUCCGGUCAAGAAUACAGGCCUUUGAAAGUCAAUCAAACACAGAGAAUGAUGAAACCUCUAUGCCUUUCCCCCAUCCUCGUAAGGUUUUCACCAAACCACCUCCACUGGCACCAAAACCUUCUAUUGUCCUCCGACCCUCUGUCAAAAAGCCUAAAGAAGAGCAGGUUUCACAGUUUGUCAGUCACUUAUACGAAGAGGUCGACACACCUCCUAUGCCAGCGCCAAAACCUCAACUUUUCAAAAAAACAUCGUUAUACUCAAGAGAUGACUCCGACUCUCAGCCUCCCUUCAGUGCGGCCCUCAUCCCUCCAUCGCGACCUUCACUGCUCAGAGUUAGGAAUAUACCUUCCCAGGAUGAGGAAGUCAUAUCGAAAGGACCUUAUCUGCCUCUCAAGCCCAGCAAAGACCUGCUGAACCUCAACAAUCACAACUCCACCGCACUUCUGUCUAACAUCACGUCCGCAGAGAACAUGCUUAGCAAUGACUAUGUGAACGCUCCCACUAACCACUCUCCCUCUAAACCUGCCCGUCAAGGAGGAUUCAACUACAUGGGGCCAAACUCGCUGGGAGUGAUCAAGAGACCCACAGUCAUCAGGGUCCCCAGCAAAACUGACAAAAACCCUGAAGAGACAGAAGAUCCACCUUUAUCCGUGCACAAACCUGUGGGCGGCCCACCCACACCUGCUAAACCCUUUCGCAAAAACUCCUUCAGUCUCUCUUCUGAUAUGUCUCUUCCACCACGGCCCAGUGGAGGAAAGGUUCUGCCUCCUCGACCGCCACCCGCUAAAACAGGCCCAGGACGACCUCCUCCGCCACGGAAAGAUGGCUCCCAACGUCGGCCCUCAGAUCCAGGAUUUUCACAAAUAGUGCCAUCAAAACAACAGCAACCUCAAUGGCAGCAACAAAGCCGUAGAGCUUCGAAAAAAGGUCCUGCCCUACCGCCGAGACCCAACCCUGGACAUCGUCUUUACAACAGAUACACCCUUGAGAUCCCCCACGGUAUCGCUGAGUUUGACUACAAUGGCACUAACACUGGGGAGCUCUCCUUUCAGAAAAAUGAAGUCCUCGUCUUACUUAAGGAAUUAGACCGCAAAACCUUUGAAUGCCAAGUUGGAAACGCUAAGGGGAGAGUGCAGAAAACACACAUGAAGAUUAUCACACCCUUAACAAAUUUACACUGCAAUUCAGCUCCUCAGGAAGACCAUUCUUUUAGUGACAUGGUGGAAAACACUGGAUCUCUGCGAGUGCAAGCCCUGUAUCACAUAAACACAUUGAACUGGCCUGGAGAGCUGGCGUUAAAUGCAGGUGACGUGGUGUCUAAUGUAGAACAGCUGGACAGUGAGUGGUACAUGGGAACAUGUAGAAACGCCACUGGAUUCUUCCCCAUUAACUACGUCAAGACACUGCCUGGUACAUUUUGCGCCAGCAUCCAGCAAUGAAGGCCAAACCAAAAACCAUCUCCUGAGCCUGUCAGAGGCCCAAGGUGUGUCGGGAGGUUUGACUUUGAGGGAGAGCAGAGCGAUGAGCUCUCAUUCUCUGAAGGUGAUGUGAUUCGGCUUAAAGAAUAUGUGGGAGACGAGUGGGCUCGUGGGGAAGUGAACGGCCAAGUUGGUAUUUUCCCUCUCAACUUUGUGGAAGUGCUUGAGGAUCUCCCUCCAGCCCCAGUGCAGAAAUCUGCUCCGAGAGGCCUGGAGAGCUGGCCGUUAAAUGCAGGUGACGUGGUGUCUAAUGUAGAACAGCUGGACAGUGAGUGGUACAUGGGGACAUGUAGAAACGCCACUGGAUUCUUCCCCAUUAACUACGUCAAGACACUGCCUGGUACAUAUGCGCCAGCAUCCAGCAAUGAAAGGCAAACCAAACCAUCUCCUGAGCCUGUCAGAGGCCCAAGGUGUGUCGGGAGGUUUGACUUUUGAGGGGAGCAGAGCGAUGAGCUCUCAUUCUCUGAAGGUGAUGUGAUUCGGCUUAAAGAAUAUGUGGGAGACGAGUGGGCUCGUGAAGUGAACGCCCAAGUUGGUAUUUUCCCUCUCAACUUUGUGGAAGUGCUUGAGGAUCUCCCUCCAGCCCCAGUGCAGAAAUCUGCUCCGAAUAAGAUUGCCAUGCCUGGAAUGGCCGGUUCAUCUAACACUCGAAUGUCUUACAAAGACAGUCAGGCUGAACGUAACAGUGAAGAGUGGGCCGUGGCGCUGUAUGACUUCACAGCAGAGACAGAGGAGGAUCUGGCCUUCCUGCAGGGAGACAGGAUCCUGGUCACUGCUCACAUAGACGAUGAAUGGUGGAGCGGACGGAUAAAUGGCAGACAAGGCUUCUUUCCCAAAGCCUUUGUAGAGACUGUUACAGGUGGAAGAAAUUGGUAAGAGGCAACCUCAGAAGCAGUGUUUUUAUAUCCGCUUUGUUUUAAUUGUGUGUUUGUCUAAUAUGUAUUUAUAAAUGUGAACUCAUUGUUAAUAUUCCAAAUCCACUGUCUCCUAAAAAUAUAUUCAUGAACUGCUAUGGGAGUUACUUCUUUUUUUGUCUUAUAUGUACACUCUAAAAAAAAUCUGUAAAAAUAUGGCACAUGUACUGUAUUUGAUGGAAUUUCUCUAGUUACCUGCAUUUUGAAUUUUGCACUUUAUUGCAUUGUGUUUUAGGGUUAAUGAAUAAAAAAUAAUGGAUAACGUCACAGUAAAAACCUGCCAGUACCUUUUCUGUUAUUUUACAGAUUUAUUUCUUACAGUGUACUCUACUUCAGCUUACUUUUCUGUAUACUGUAUUACUGGUUUUAUAUACAGGGAACAAAUAAUAUGUAUUUAAUUAUUUUAAAUGCUACAUUUGGCACAAAAUCAAAACUGCUCAUCACCCAAACAACACCAACAUCCCCAUCACAUCAUAUUUCAGGGCUGCUUCUCUUCAGCUGGAAUAAAAGGAAUCAUAGCCAGUGCCAAAUACCUCAAAAGGUGUUGAGUUUAUUAAGUCUUAUUCAGAAAGACUGGCUUCUGUAUUAAAGCAAAGAUGUUCCUGGUUUACAGCAUGCUCAAAACUGCUUUGGUGGCUUUUCCUGAACUAGAUCUACUGAAUUUAUCAGUAGCUGAUAAAUAAAAAAAAUAAGGUGAGAUAAAAUAUUUGCUUGCUUGUAAAUCAUAAUUCAUAUAAUUAUUAUUCAGAUUGAGUUAUAACCUAUAUAAAAUUAAUCCAAUAUGUGUCACAAAUUCCAUUCUCCUUAAAAAGUAAGAUGGAGCACGUAAAAUUGGGAGGAAAAAUUAUAUGAUCCAUAAAUCUGCACUUGGCCAUCUGAAUAAUUUUGACAAAUUAUGUUAGACAUCUGAGGCAAUGCAAUGCAGCAUUAAAAAUAUCAAAUAUUGGGGGGGGGCUUGUUAUCAGUGUCUGAGGUGGUUCCAGUCCAGUUUAACUGAGUACAAGUCUGUAAAAACACAUUUAUUAAGUAUCUGUAAAGACACAAAAAUCACUAGUAUAUUAAGUAAAGAUCAUGUUCCAUGAAGAUAUUUUGUA